UCUCCUUGCUAGGUGUACUUCUUGUGCCUUUGUAAACAAAUUUAGUGAUGAUUGAUCAGUAUCAGUAUUGAGACUGUGAUCCAUGCAUGGGUUCUGUAAACAAUUUAUUUACAGAAGACGGCAUGAAGUUUGUCGGUACAGAAGCCUGCAGGCCGCCCACUGCUGGGCCAUCCCAUGACUCACAACAACAAGAACAGAAUAUAAAGUGUGCAAUACUUCCCACAAACUACAUGCAAACAUGUUGUUCUAACAUAUUUAUGAUGUAUUUAACUAAAAUAACUUUAAAUUUGUGAAAUCAUAUGACCCUGUCUGUGAUAUCCCAAAGUUGCAUAAUCACAGUAUCAUCAAAGUUUGAUAUCAGUCUUUGCUUGUUGAUCAGAUUUACCAGAAGAUUUUUAAAUGACGUAAUAACUUUCUCCCUCUUAUCUUUCUCACGUAAUAAGCUCUCACUUUGAACUACUGAUAUCUCUAAAGUUUGCCCUGACACCCACAUUAUUUGCAUCAGGAUUUGAUCAAUAAGUGGACGUGAACAUCUAUUACUGUUUUGGCAUUUUUCCACUGAGACUAACCCCCACAUUAGCUUUCCCCUAUUACCAAUCCAGAGUGAAUUGUACAGAUUUCACCCCAUAUUUGCAUCCCAUGCGUGUGUGUGAUGGGUUUGUGUUGUGUUUGCGGGACAAGCGGGGGUGCUGUCCCCCCUCAUGCUGUUCUGUACUGGGAGAAUCAGGCAGGCAAGGAAGGGCUGAGGUGAUUCAUACGUGAGUCAACAGCUAUCAGCUAUAUAAGCCUGACCACUCAUGGAUCCUGGGCAUGACACAGUCUUCACAUCUCAAAGAGUGUACCUCUACAUAGAAAGUAUGCAUUUGCCUGCUCUCAUCUACACCUGCAUCUUGGGCAUGCUCAGUUUGGGUUACAGUAUUCCCAUCCCUUCGGAUAACUUGAAAAACAUCAAACUGCAGGCAGAGACCAUCAACUCCAGAAUCCAGGAACACAACGAGAAGCUCAAAAUCUCUCCCAAGAUCUUUAUCGGCGAUCCUGAGCAUUACCCUGAGGUUCCUGCAGACAGACCCAUCCAAGGUCUGGGAUCCAUUGUGGACACCCUAACCAUAUUCCAGAAAGUUCUUCACAGCCUUCCUAAGGGACACGUAAGCCAGCUGCACAGCGACGUGUCUACUCUUCAGGGUUACCUGGAGACCAGGAUGUCUUCUAUGCGUUGCCCAGUCAGAAAGACGGCCAAUGAGAAGUCUUUAGAAGCUUUUUUAAAGGACAAUGCAACCCAUCACAUCACAGUUGGCUUUAUGACUUUAGAUAGACUACAAAAAUUCAUGCAACAGCUUACUCUCAGCCUGGACCAGUUAAAGACCUGUUAGGUACCGCUCUUUAUUUGCCAUUAUUGUAGCACUAUUUAUUCUAUUUAUUUAAAUCACUAUAUAUUUAUAUACCAAAGGCACAUUUUUAUAUGUAUGAAUGAACAGAUGUAAUAUUAAGGCUUUGAACACAAACAUCCCACUGGGAUUGCUAUGUAAACAAACAAGCGCGCGCACACACACACACACACACACACAGACCAGCGCACUGUUAUUCAAGCACAUGAUGUCAUCCUUUAAGCUCUUGUUUCAUGCAUGCUGACAUCAUCAGUAUGUUUAAUGAUGUCACAGUUUACCAGAAUAGCCACGUCAUGAGUCUGCUGGGAAACUCAGAUCAUGGUCCAUGUUUAACAUAAUGCUGUAACACCAGCCGUGACAUGCUUUAUAUUUUCCUAUACUGUAUAAAAUGCAUUUCAAAUAUCAUGUUAACAGUUUUGUAUUUUGUGAAUUUAAUAUUUUUCUGAUGUGUUUUUUACAAAAACUUUACCAAUAAAUAAAACGUGUACAGAUGA